AUGGAAGACGAAAAGCCAAAGUCACCCGCCGAUGUAACGUCGAAUGCAUUCUUUGGCAGCUCCUAUCGCCCAAAGGGGAAAGGCACAGAGUAUAGUAGCGCUGGCGGUGGCGAGGUAUACUUCAACCCGGCGGACCUUUGGACGUAUGUUUGGCGUUACGUACGCGAUGAGGGCGUGCGGCAGGAUUCCUCCGGUGUCUCGAUGGUCGGGCCUGAUCUCCGCUCUCGCCCACCGCAGUGGCUGGAGGACAAGAAUGUUACUAUUGAUGGCACACCACUUAGCGAUGAGGAAAUUCGUGCGCCCAACUAUUGGCAAGCAAAGUACAAGCGAGAGCUCGACGUUGGAGAAGCCAUCCAAGAGGUGAAAAGGCGAAAGCGCAUGGAGGCGACACAUGAUGUCAUUGGUUCCAUCUCGUGGGUGCGUCGCAAGUUGGGUUUGGCGGAACCACUAGAUGAGGAAUUUUCGCGGCAGAAGGUGGAGACUUAUUACCAGCAGCUGGAGCGGAACAAUAGCAGCAGCAGCAGCAGUAGGACCGCCACCGAGGAUGCCGAGGAGCAGAAGGCGGUUCGCAAACUGGGCUUGACCACUCCGUGGAAGGUNGGAACCACUAGAUGA